ACUUUGACUAACUGGACCAGUGGAAACGAAAAAAUUGAUGAUUUUAUUCAAGAAAAGCAAUUAGGAAUUAAUGAUCCACUUGACGUAGUAUUUGAGUGGAUACCAUACAAUCAAUUUUGUGAUAUUAAAGAGAUAGAUAGUGAUGACUUUUCUACAGUAUUAUAUUCAGCUAAAUGGAACAGUGGUCCAUUAUAUUGGGGAAGUUUGCUUAAAAUAUAUACAAGAGAACCAGAUAUGAAAGUUAUUUUAAAACAUUUAUAUAAUCUACAAAAUAUUGAUGGAUUUUUAAAUGAGGUUAAGGCACAUUCAAUCAAUUUUACAGUAUAUGGAAUAUCUCAAAAUCCAGAUACAAAUGAUUAUAUUUUAGUUUGGCAAGAUAAAUAUGGAGAAUAUUGUAAAAAAUGUAACAAUGUUUAUACAAAUGUGGAUGAUCAAUGGUGCAAACAAUGCCAAAUAAAUUAUUUAAAAAAUAAUUUUAUUAAUUGGUCUAGUGAAAAUGAUGUAAUUGAUAAUUUUAUUCAACAAAGGCAAUUAGAGGCUAACGGUCGAUUGGAUGUAAUAUCGGAGUGGAUACCAUAUAAUCAAUUUCUUAACAUCAAAGAAAUAGGUAAAGGUGGUUUUGCCACUAUAUAUUCAGCAACAUGGAAAGGUGGUCCGUUAAAUUAUUGUGUUGAUAAAAGCAAAUAUACGAGAAUUUUAGAUAAAAUGGUUGCUUUAAAAUGCUUACAUAAUUCCCAAAAUAUUACUAAUGAGUUUUUAAAUGAGAUUAAAGAAUAUUCAAUAGAUAACCAUGGUAAUAAUAUUGUUAAGAUAUAUGGUUUAUCCCAAAAUCCGGAUACAAAAGAAUUUAUUAUAAUUCUUGAUUAUGCAGAAGGCGGAAAUCUUAAUAAUUGGUUAAACAAAAAUUAUAAAUAUUUUUCUUGGUUAGCUAAAAUAAAUACGUUACUUAAUAUCAGUAAUGGACUUAAAGAGAUUCAUCAAAAACAGAGAGUUCAUCGUGAUUUACAUACAGGGAAUAUAUUAUUAUUUGUGAAUAACAUAAAUAUCUUCGAUGAUAAUAUAAUAUCAAUUUCUGAUAUGGGAUUAUGUGGAGAAGUUGAUAAUAUAGACAAAUCAAAUAUUUAUGGAGUUAUGCCUUAUGUAGCCCCUGAAGUAUUAAGAAGAAAACCUUAUACUCAAGCAGCAGACAUAUAUAGCUUUGGUAUGAUUAUGUAUUUUGUAGCAACUGGAAAACAACCAUUUACUAAGUGUGCUCACGAUAAGCUUCUAGCAUUAGAUAUAUGCAAUGAAAUUAGACCUGAAAUUAAUGAGCAAGAAGUACCAAAAUGUUAUAUUGAUUUAAUGAAAAGGUGUUGGGAUUCAAAUCCAGAAAAUAGACCAAAUUCUUUAACACUAUACGAAUCAAUUUUACAAUUUCGUAAGUCAUAUAGAGGAAAAAUUAUUGAUACAGGAACAUAUGAUAACGAGACUGAUGCUGGUAAUAUUAAGGAGCAAUUAAUUCAGCCAUCUGAUAAAAUUGAGAAGUAUGAUAGUAAUGAAAUUGAUGAUCAAUUCAAAAAAGCGGAAGAAUACAGAAUAGAAUAUCUUUCAUUCGAAGAAGAUAAUCAAUCAGAUACCCAUCCACAAGCAAUUUUUAUAGCCCGAUUACUUAACUCUUUUACCGAUGAACUUCCAGAAUUUGAUGACGAUAAGUCUGAAGCUUUAGACUGUAAAAUAUAAUGAAUAAUCGAUUCUUUAUAUUUAGUAUUAAAUUGUUUAAAUGCU